GAUUGGUUAAACUGACAGUGUUACAACACUCCCUUGUCUUUAAUUCUGUAUCAUGAUUAAUUUUAAUGCAUCGUAAUAAUUUAAUCUUGACAUUGUCUAUCUUUUAUCUGGAUAGAAUGUUUGUUUUCGGAAGCAAUCAGAAGUAAAGCCUGUUUCAUUACAAACUGUACUAAGAGAAUCUUUCAAGGUUAAACGUCACACAUUGGAUUCUCAAAACAGUCUAUAUUUUAUCUCAGCAUAAUAUGAGCAACACAUAACUAUGGAAAGCAUGACAGACAUAGAGUUGAACAAUACAGGCUAAGAUUGGUAAUUCUUGAAGACUGUCAAUAUCAAUGAGUUCAAAUGAAGGCACUGCGCAUCCUCUCCAACUUUCAUCAUCCCGCUUCUAAGAACUAAUCAUAAAUUGACUUCUUCACUCCCCCUCCCUCCAUUAGAAUGAAGGGAGGAACAUCAAAUGAGCAUUUCUGAAAGUUUUGACGUCAACAAUCAAAGUGGUUUCUGAGGUGUCUGCUGAUGUCAUUGUGACACAGGACAAGAGGGCAUGGAGGAAGGGAGGGAUGGAGAGAGAGAGAGAUAUGGAGACGGAUACGGGAGGGGUAGGAACGAUAGUGCGCUCCUCUGACAUCAUAGAGGCUCUUAUAUACCGGGUGGAAUGGAGCCCGCCAUUCCUCACUUCACUUCUGAGAAAGCCAAGAGAAGACACAGCGAACAGGUUGGAUAAGAAACCAAGAAGACAGCAUCGUGACUUCUGCAGGACGCGCUGUGAUUUUCUCUCUCUGUCUCUGUAACUCUCUUACAACGUAUCUCUCGUAUUCUUCCAUCCGUUUUCACGCCAUUUCAUGACCUUUAACCCUAUGGACUUGGGCCCAGCUUGAAUGUGCAGAAACUGUGGGACUACUAAGAAAAUGCAGAUGCAGCUGACCUCAGUUAUCCUCAUUUUUUUAUUGUGUAAUGGACUGUGUUCAGAUAUAGACCAGGGAAAAAAGGCAAUAGAGGAAGAGGUACUGAGAAGUCUCCUCACUUCAAAGGUAAAGCAGAGCAAGCACAUCGCCCCCCUGUGGCAGCUGCGGCUCCGGGAUGUGUGCAGGAUGAUGAACAGUCUCGGGGAGUCGUGGCAGGAGGCCUGGGGCAAUGAGGAGGAGCAGGAGGACACAGAGGUUCAGGCAGACUAUGAGCAGAGGGUCUCGGGUACCCUCGCCCAAAUGCUUGAGCAAAUGCACGACCUCAAGAACCUCUGCAGGGUCCUGCAGCCUAGAGAGCUACAAGAUGACCAAGAAUAUCUGGAGCUGGACCAAAACAGCGACAGUCCACUGAAGAGGAAAUCUCCAUAUAUACUUAAAAGGCAACUGCGCACCAAUAAAUCAAGACGGCCGUACAUUCUGAAGAGAAGUGUGUAUUACUGAUGCUCAAGACCCACCGAUGGAAAGACAUUUUUACAUUUUGUGAAUAUGUGUCUGUUUUCUCUGUCGUAGUAUUACAGUAGCAAUAUAAUAAUUGUAUGUGCUGUUUUAGCUAAACCUUUGUUUAUUUAUGUGAUCCAGAAGUCAACCCCUUCUUCUUCAUUGUGGGAUUGACGAUGUAAAUAAAACAGCAGUCAAUUCAAGA